AGCUAUGAAUGGCUGACAGUGGUCAUAUGCAGCCUCGCUGCCGGUGCUGUUGGUCGUGGGUGCCCAUAUUGCCAUGGUUGGCGCGUUCCUGACCCAGAUGGUCGAGCUGGGCUGCCACUUGGCGUUAUUGGACGACUAGUGAGCGGGAGUCCGCGCGCAGCAGAUGCGGCUGUUGAUCGCGUCGAUCGUCGUGAGGUGGACGGCAGUAACCGUCUGCAAGUGCCCAAGGUGUCGGGCUGUCAUUGAUGGAAAGGUCAUCAGGCAGCCAUGGCGAGAAGGCUGGAUGGUAACGCGGCAUACGGGGGCUGGCCGAGUGGCUGCCAAUGAUGGGCGAGAAGCCUUGGUUGAUUUUGUGCUCACAUGUAACGAGAUACCCCGAAUGGUUGAUGGACUGCAGGUAGAUAGACCGACCGGUGCUCGGCACGUCGGCUAGAAUCAGUGUUAGUCAAUGCGAUGAUACCACCCACAUCCUUAGCGAGCCGUGGCAUG